GUGGAAGCUUUAGUGACAAAGGGAAAUGAGCAUCUGGUGCAUCAUAUGGAGCUGCUCGGAUGCCAGAAUCCAGGAUAUGAUGUUGAUUUGUUGUACGAGGGUGACUGCAAUGAUCCGCGUAAACCAGUGGAGGCGCAUGGAUGCUCUACAGUCAUUGCUGCAUGGGCUAUGGGUGCUGGUCCUGUGAUUUACCCACGCGAAGCUGGGAUGCCGUUCGGUGGCCGAGAAUUUUAUCCUUUCGUGAUGCUUGAGGUCCAUUACAACAAUGUGGAACGGGUCGCUGGCAUGUUAGAUCGGUCUGGAUUCACAAUCAGCUAUACCGGUCAAUUACGUCAAUAUGAUGCUGCUGUGAUGGAACUGGGCUUAAUUUAUGGUGAUGCAAAUUCAAUUCCACCACACCAGAAGGCUUUUCCGUUGACUGGACAUUGUGUUGCCGAUUGCACUAAAAAGUUGCCAGCUGAUGGAAUUAAUGUUUUUGCUUCGCAACUUCACGCUCAUCUUUAUGGCCGAAAGCUGUGGACAUCGCAUUUCCGAGAUGGAGUGAAAAUUGGCGAAAUCAAUCGUGAUAAUCAUUAUUCACCGCACUGGCAGCGAAUUGAGAAUUUGCGCAAAAUUAUCAAAAUUAUGCCGGUUAGUGGUAGCUUACUUUGA